GAGAAGGAAGUGAAAAACAAAUCACUUUGGAGCCUGAUGAAGAAGUGGUGUUUGACAUGACGCUUUAUUACAUGCCUGCUAGCCAAACCUUGAACUUAUCAGGGACUGGUAUCAGGUCUUUGCCAAAGUCCAUUUUCGAAUUGGUCGGCCUCAAAAGGCUGAUUUUAAGAAACUCUCGUGAUUUCGUGAAGUUGCCGCCCGAAGUUGGAGAACUCGAACAACUUGAAGUUCUUGAUCUUGAAGGGACCAGGAUUAGGGAUUUACCUGAGAAUUUAAGGUGCCCCAUGCUCUUAGAACUGUACCUUCACAAAAACAUUGAAUUGAGAAGGAUCCCUCCCUCAUUUUUUGAUUCCAUGCCUGCUCUCCAAAUCCUAAACUUAUCCUAUACAAAGAUCAAGUCUUUGCCAAAGUCCAUUGGCAAAUUGGUUAGCCUCAAAAGACUGGAUUUAAGUGACUGUAUAGAUUUUGUGGAGUUGCCACCCGAAGUUGGAGAACUCGAACAACUUGAAGUUCUUGAUCUUGAAGGGACCGGGAUUAGGGAUUUACCUGAGAAUUUAAGGUGCCCCAUGCUCUUAGAACUGUACCUUCACAAAAACAUUGAAUUGAGAAGGAUCCCUCCCUCAUUUUUUGAUUCCAUGCCUGCUCUCCAAAUCCUAAACUUAUCCUAUACAAAGAUCAAGUCUUUGCCAAAGUCCAUUGGCAAAUUGGUUAGCCUCAAAAGACUGGAUUUAAGUGACUGUAUAGAUUUUGUGGAGUUGCCACCCGAAGUUGGAGAACUCGAACAACUUGAAGUUCUUGAUCUUGAAGGGACCGGGAUUAGGGAUUUACCUGAGAAUUUAAGGUGCCCCAUGCUCUUAGAACUGUACCUUCACAAAAACAUUGAAUUGAGAAGGAUCCCUCCCUCAUUUUUUGAUUCCAUGCCUGCUCUCCAAAUCCUAAACUUAUCCUAUACAAAGAUCAAGUCUUUGCCAAAGUCCAUUGGCAAAUUGGUUAGCCUCAAAAGACUGGAUUUAAGUUUCUGUUUCAAUUUCGUGGAGUUGCCACCCGAAGUUGGAGAACUCGAACAACUUGAAGUUCUUCAUCUUGAAGAGACCGGGAUUAGGGAUUUACCUGAGAAUUUAAGGUGCCCCAUGCUCUUAGAACUGUACCUUCACUAUAACAACAAUUUGAGAACGAUCCCUCCCUCAUUUUUUGAUUACAUGCCUGCUCUCCAAAUCCUAAACUUAUCCCACACAAAUAUCAGGUCUUUGCCAAAGUCCAUCGUCAAAUUGGUUAGCCUCAAAACGCUGAUUUUAAGGGCCUGUAAAGAUUUCGUGGAGUUGCAGCCCGAAGGUGGAGAACUCGAACAACUUGAAGUUCUUGAUCUUGCAGGGACCAAGAUUAGGGAUUUACCUGAGAAUCUAAGGUGCCCCAUGCUCUUAGAACUGUACCUUCACAAUAACUACACGUUGAGAACGAUCCCUCCCUCAUUUUUCAAUUACAUGCCUGCUCUCCAAACUUUGAACUUAUCCAAGACCCGUAUUAGGUCUUUGCCAGAGUCCAUUGUUAGAUUGGUCAGCCUCAAAAGACUGAGUUUAAGUUACCUGUUGUCGUUGUCCAAAGUUGAAGAACUCAAACAACUUGAAGUUCUUGAUCUUGAAGGGAUACAGAUUAUGGAUUUACAUGAGCGUGUUAUUGAUCUUGAAGGGAAAGAUAUUAUGCAUUUACCUGAGAAAAGUCACUACAUGCUCUUAGCACUGUUCAUUCACAAUAACGACAAACUGAAAACGAUCCCUACCUCAUUUUUCAAUUGUAUGCCUUUUCUCCAAGUCCUCAACUUAUCCAGGACCGGUAUCAGGUCUUUGCCGGAGUCAAUUUUCAAAUUGGACUGCCUCAAAAUACUGAAUUUAAGUUAUUGUCAUCGUUUCUUGGGGUUGUCGCCCGAAGUUGGAAAACUCAAACGGCUUGAAGUUCUUGAUCUUGAAGGAACAGAAAUUAUGGAUUUACCUAAGGAGAUUAAGGAGUUAAAUAAUCUCACUUGCUUGAAUUUGUCAUUUUAUGGAUAUAUGGGUGAUGGUAGCAGUGUCAUGGAAUCAGAUGCAGUGUUUCCUCGUGGCGUAAUUAAGGCACUGUAUAAAUUAAAGGAGUUGAUGAUCAGUGUGAAUCCAGAUGAUAAAUGGUGGAAUGAAUGUGUGGAAGAUAUUGUUACCGAAGUAGGUAAAUUGAUGUGGUUGGAGACUCUUGUUUUCUAUUUUCCAAGGGUGAAACUUGUGAGCCACGUUCUACGGAAUAAGCGAUCGUGGUGGUCUGUACAGUCACAUUUUAGAUUUAUUGUUGGCCACCAUGUCAAGCGCAUUAUGUCUCGACGCCCUCACGGUGUUGAAUUGGAGUUGGAACGAUGGGAGAGAUGUUUGGAAUACAUAAAUGGUGAUCAGGCUAUCCCCGAAGAGAUUAAGACGCUACUCCAAUAUUCAACAGCAUUUUUCUUGGAACGGCAUGCAACUGUUAAGAAGUUAUCAGAUUUUGGGAUUGAAAAUAUGAAGCAACUAAAAUGCUGUGUUGUGGGGGAAUGUAACGAGGUUGAAGUUAUUAUAGAUAAAGUAGAGGCAAGCAGUGGAAUUGUUCUUGGAUCACUUGAAUACCUCUGUGUAUAUUAUAUGAAGAAUCUAAGGAGCAUAUGGGAGGGACCAGUACAAAGAAAGUGUUUAUCUCUUCUGAAGUUCUUGACAUUGCGCACAUGUCCCGAAUUGACCACUAUUUUUACAACAGGUUUACUUGAUAACCUCUGUAAUUUAGAAGACCUUACAAUUGAUGACUGCCCCUCCCUCAAAACUUUAGUAAGUUGUGAAGUUUCUGCUGAGCAUAAAGCCUCUCCCUUUCUCCCAAAUUUGAAGAGGAUGUCGCUUCAUUACAUGCCUGGAUUAGUUAGCAUCUCUAGUGGUCUACACAUUGCACCAAGAUUAGAAUUUCUGAGUUUCUAUGACUGUCCAAAUCUCAAGAACCUGUUGAUUGAGGAAGUAUCUAGUAAAGAUUUGAAGAAGAUUGAAGGUGAGAGGAGUUGGUGGGAAGCAUUGGAGUGGAGCACCGAUCGUCCGGCUUAUUUGGAUGACAUUUUUGUUCCAAUCAACAUAGAGGAUUGCUGAGUGCUUGAGAUUUUCCCCUAAUGAUUAUUAAGAAAUUGAAGGAAAGACUACAAGCUUUUAAGAAGGAAAUUGCUGAAGAGAACAACCUUGUGCAAAGUUAAUGGGAAAGUGAGAGACAGCAUCUUCAUGGUCAAACUGAAGUUUGACAUGUUUACCAAAUUCCAGAAGAAUUAAGGUUUCAAGAAACAUGAUUGCUGCUACCACGUAUUGAAGACUUGUUGCAAUUUAGUUGAUAUUUUGUUGAACAUGAUGUUUUCUUAAUGCUUAUUCAUUCAGUCGAAUUUAUAGGAAUUAUUAUUUAUCCAUUAGAUGCAUAAUAUGGAAUGUUUCUUGAAGAUCUGAAAUUUGAGAUCUUUGUUAGUUUGAAAAUUGAAAUUUACUGG